CAUGGGGAGGCCUCUGAUGUACGAGAUAGUGGAGAAGCCGGCGAGCAGCGGCGUGAUAGCCGUCUGCUCCCUCAUCUGGUUCCUCAUCCAGAAGAGGGGCAUCGGGUACGCGGACGUGGGGCUGAGCUACGAGGCGGCCGUGGAGGGCGGGCAGCACUGGCGGCUCAUCACCGCCGCCUUCUCGCACGUCAGCGUGGUGCACCUGGUGUUCAACAUGAGCGCGCUGUGGAGCCUCGGCGCCGUCGAGCAGCUGGGGCAGGCCGCCGGGCUCGGCGUGCAGUACUACCUGCACUACACCCUUGUCCUCGUGGUGCUGUCCGGGCUGCUGGUUCUCGGGAUCUACCACGUGAUGAUCCGGAGGUUCAAGGUGGACUACUUCCGGAGGGUGACCGCCGUCGGCUACUCGUGCGUCGUCUUCGGGUGGAUGACAAUUCUGGCCGCGAAGCAGCCGUCGUCCAAGCUCAACCUCUUUGGGGUCCUCUCGCUGCCCAUCAGCUUCGCGCCCUUUGAAUCGCUCAUAUUCACGUCAAUCAUGGUUCCCCAGGCGAGCUUCAUCGGCCACCUGUCCGGGAUCAUCGUUGGGUACUCGAUCGCCUGGGGUUUGAUUCAUGGGAUGAAUAACUACUGGGCCGUCACAUUGCUUGGGUGGAUUGUGCUUGUCUUCGUCUUGAGCUUGAAGCGCACAGGGUCUUUGGAGAUGAGGUUUAUCGAGAUUGAGCCAGUUACGGAUCCCUCGUUGCCAUCUGUUGGUUUGGUCGCCUCCAGAAAUGGCAGGGCUCUGCAAAUGGAUAUGUUGCCCGGAAGAGGAGUUGCAGAUUUUGUAUGACCUUCCUUCAGUGUGGAAGAGCUGCUCACCGAAAUGUUUGAUAGGUCUUGUUUCAGCUUGUAAAAUUGUAUCAUGUUGACACAACCCAAUACUUUCAGUUUUGAGAAUCUAGUGUUAUGGGUUUCUUUCAUCAGAUGUGAAAGUUCUUUUAUCUCAACUUCCAGAUGCAUGUUCAUUUCGAACAGAAAGGAAUCCUUUUUGUGAAGUAGCAUGUAAAAGAAUGGGAAUCAUGUAGGAAAAGGACAACUGAAUGUUUGUGCUGUACA